AUGUUUGAUGCCCUCGGCGAACGCAUGACGGAGACCGUGAACAUCGCCUGCAUCCCGCUGUGGCGCUGCGACAACUGCAGCGCCACAGCAGACCAGACGCCGCUGCAAAGACGAGGCCCCCGGGGGGUCGGCACACUGUGCAAUGCCUGCGGGCUCUGGUACGCCAAGACUGGGAGCAUGCGGUCCACGCGCGGCCCUCGCCAGUCCAAGAAGGCCGAGUCGUUCCGCGCCUCGCUGCCCAGCUCGCAGACCGCCUCCGCGACCUUGCUGCACAGCAGCAGCUCCGCCUUCCACUGCCCCACCCCCGGCUCGCUCAAGCGCUUCCGCAGCGCGGACAGCGACGACCCGUCCCACCGCUCCAGCACCCACCGGGGACAGGCGCUGCCGCGCGGCCACGCCCGCGGCCUGGCUCGCCUGGCGCUGGCACCCGCGCCGUGCUACGCGCCGCCGCGCUCUGAUCUGGCGCACCCCCAGCGCGUUGUGCAUAGCACGGCGCAGGCUGUGCUGGACCUGCUGGCCGAGGCCCUCCUGGACAGGGGCAGGGCGGAGGCCUGA